AUGGCCGAGCCGAGCUCCUCCGACGACGUGGCGCUGACCGACAUCGAGCUGCUGCAGGCGGCGUGGAUCAACGAGCUGCGCGCGCCCGAGCUGCUGCCGCACGAGCACGAGCUAGUGCUCCGCGUCAAGGAGCAGGUGGCGGAGCAGGAGGCGCGGGUGGAGGAGCUGGACGAGCGCGACUCGCUCCUCCGCUCGCUCUACGAGAUGGACAACGAGAGGACAAACUACCAGCUCCGCUCGUACCUCCGCACGCGUCUCGAGAAACUCACGAAGAUGGCCAUCUUCAUCGCGCGGCGGCAGGGGGAGGCGGACGCGGAGGCGCGGCCGCUGCUCUCGCGCCCCGAGCAGAACUUUCUCGGAAAGUACCUCGCCCUCUACCAGGACCACAUCGACGCCGAGGCGAACCAACGCGAGAGUAUCGACUAUCGUGUUUUUUCGGCCGAAAGCUAG